GAGGUCGGCGGCGGCGCCGCAGUCGUGGAGAGGCAGUGGGAGCGUAAGCGGGCACGGGCGACGCAAGUUCCGCACGGAGCUCUCCUCUUCUCGCCUCACGCUUCUUCCUCUCUCCUAGUCGCGUGCUGCCUCCCCACGGCCGCUCUUCCUGACGAGAGCUUUCGGAGUGCGGUUGCUGAGAAGCCGUCGCCACCCCGCCUCGGGGCCGAGUGAGGGUUCUGUCGCGCCGCUUCGCCCCCCUGCGCCGACUCCUUGCCCUCAGUGGCGGGCGCCCUUCUCGCUCGAAGCACUCCCCCCAGCUCCAUGAAUGGAAAUCGGCUCCGCAGGACCCGUUGGGGCCCAGCCCCUACUCAUGGUGCCCAGAAGACCUGGCUAUGGCACCAUGGGCAAACCCAUUAAAUUGCUGGCUAACUGUUUUCAAGUUGAAAUCCCAAAGAUUGAUGUCUACCUCUAUGAGGUAGAUAUUAAACCAGACAAGUGUCCUAGGAGAGUGAACAGGGAGGUGGUUGACUCAAUGGUUCAGCAUUUUAAAGUAACUAUAUUUGGGGACCGUAGACCAGUUUAUGAUGGAAAAAGAAGCCUUUACACAGCCAAUCCACUUCCUGUGGCCACUACUGGGGUAGAUUUAGAUGUUACUUUACCUGGGGAAGGCGGAAAAGAUCGACCUUUCAAAGUAUCAAUCAAAUUUGUCUCUCGAGUGAGUUGGCACCUACUACAUGAAGUACUGACAGGACGGACCUUACCGGAGCCACUGGAAUUAGACAAGCCAAUCAGCACUAAUCCUGUCCAUGCCGUUGAUGUGGUGCUACGACAUCUGCCCUCCAUGAAAUAUACACCUGUGGGACGUUCCUUUUUCUCAGCUCCAGAAGGAUAUGACCACCCUCUGGGAGGGGGCAGGGAAGUUUGGUUCGGAUUCCAUCAAUCCGUUCGGCCGGCCAUGUGGAAAAUGAUGCUUAAUAUUGAUGUUUCUGCCACUGCCUUCUACAAAGCACAACCUGUAAUUCAGUUCAUGUGUGAAGUUCUUGACAUUCAUAAUAUUGAUGAGCAACCGAGACCUCUGACUGAUUCUCAUCGGGUAAAAUUCACCAAAGAGAUAAAAGGUCUGAAGGUUGAAGUGACUCAUUGUGGAACAAUGAGACGGAAAUACCGUGUUUGUAAUGUAACAAGAAGGCCUGCCAGUCAUCAAACCUUUCCUUUACAGUUAGAAAAUGGCCAAACUGUGGAGAGAACAGUAGCACAGUAUUUCAGAGAAAAGUAUACUCUUCAGCUGAAGUACCCACACCUUCCGUGUCUACAAGUGGGGCAGGAACAGAAACAUACCUAUCUGCCACUAGAAGUCUGCAAUAUUGUGGCAGGGCAACGAUGUAUCAAGAAGCUAACAGACAAUCAGACCUCCACAAUGAUCAAAGCAACAGCAAGAUCUGCGCCAGAUAGACAAGAGGAAAUUAGCAGAUUGGUAAGAAGUGCAAAUUAUGAAACAGAUCCAUUUGUUCAGGAGUUUCAAUUUAAAGUUCGGGAUGAAAUGGCCCAUGUAACCGGACGUGUACUUCCAGCGCCUAUGCUCCAGUAUGGAGGCCGGAAUCGGACAGUAGCAACACCAAGCCACGGAGUAUGGGACAUGCGAGGGAAACAAUUCCACACAGGAGUUGAAAUCAAAAUGUGGGCUAUAGCUUGUUUUGCCACACAGAGGCAGUGCAGAGAAGAAAUAUUGAAGGGUUUCACGGACCAGCUGCGUAAGAUUUCUAAAGAUGCAGGGAUGCCUAUCCAGGGCCAGCCUUGCUUCUGCAAGUAUGCGCAGGGGGCAGACAGUGUGGAGCCCAUGUUCCGGCAUCUCAAGAACACUUACUCUGGGCUGCAGCUCAUUAUUGUCAUCCUGCCAGGGAAGACGCCAGUGUAUGCGGAGGUGAAACGUGUCGGAGAUACACUUUUGGGUAUGGCUACGCAGUGUGUUCAAGUCAAGAAUGUAAUAAAAACAUCCCCUCAAACGCUCUCAAACCUGUGCCUAAAGAUAAAUGUUAAACUCGGAGGGAUCAAUAAUAUUCUUGUACCUCAUCAAAGACCAUCUGUGUUCCAGCAACCAGUGAUCUUUUUGGGAGCAGACGUCACUCAUCCACCAGCUGGUGAUGGGAAGAAGCCUUCAAUUGCUGCUGUUGUAGGUAGUAUGGAUGCCCACCCAAGCAGAUACUGUGCUACAGUAAGAGUUCAGAGACCCCGACAGGAGAUCAUCCAGGACCUUGCCUCCAUGGUCCGAGAACUUCUCAUUCAGUUUUAUAAGUCAACUCGGUUCAAACCUACUCGUAUCAUCUUCUAUCGGGAUGGUGUUUCAGAGGGGCAGUUUAGGCAGGUAUUAUAUUAUGAACUACUAGCAAUUCGAGAAGCCUGCAUCAGUUUGGAGAAAGACUAUCAACCUGGAAUAACUUACAUUGUAGUUCAGAAGAGACAUCACACUCGAUUAUUUUGUGCUGAUAGGACUGAAAGGGUCGGAAGAAGUGGCAAUAUCCCAGCUGGAACAACAGUUGAUACAGACAUUACACACCCAUAUGAGUUUGAUUUUUACCUCUGUAGCCAUGCUGGAAUACAGGGUACCAGCCGUCCUUCACACUAUCAUGUUUUAUGGGAUGAUAACUGCUUUACUGCAGAUGAACUUCAGCUGCUAACUUACCAGCUCUGCCACACCUAUGUGCGGUGUACACGAUCCGUUUCUAUACCUGCACCAGCGUAUUAUGCUCACCUGGUGGCAUUUAGAGCCAGAUAUCAUCUCGUGGACAAAGAACAUGACAGUGCUGAAGGAAGUCACGUUUCAGGACAGAGCAAUGGACGAGAUCCUCAAGCUCUUGCCAAGGCUGUACAGAUUCACCAAGAUACCUUACGCACAAUGUACUUUGCUUAAAAAGUUGAAGGAUAUUCUCUGAGAGGAAGAACUGGAAGAUGAAUCGACAUACAGUGUAUGCUUCCAGUGGAGUCAGUUGAGUGGGGAAUGCCUCCAGCCAUACAGAAACCAACACUGUGUGGGGGCCAGGGUCUGAUCUAUAUGUUGAUACAAGGAAGAUCGUUUACUUCAUCAAGGAACACAGCACCAUUAUGCAAUAUGAAACCAGCCAACUGCUUUUUUGUGCGGUCUCCUGUAGGAAGUAUCGCAAUUGUUUCGUUUUCACUUUCUUGUAGUCUAACCCUUUUAAUGCCUUUACCUCAAGUUGCUUGGCAGCACAACUCUUUGCAAAAAAAAAAAAGGUAAAGAAAAAGUAAAUGAUGGUUAAAAAAAAAAAUACCGAUAUGAAUAAUCAAAGUGAUUGUUCACAAUUAUGUGUGCAAAAAAAUUAAUGUGCAUUCGUGUAUUCUUAUAAAAGAUAUCUGUAUAUUUUACAUAUAUACAUGUAUACUGCAUAUGCAUAUAUAUCUGGAUCUACAUUGACAAUAGAUAUAUAUGUGUCUGUGUAUAUAUUUUAUAGUUCAUUCCACUGGGAAACUUUCUUUCCCUUUUAUUAUUCUCCCACCACCACUUUUAUUUCUCUCUCUACCUUCCUUGCCUUCAUCACCUACAUUUUUUUUCCCUGAUGCUACCAGUGACAUUCAAAUGUUCAUGUAUCUGGUUCAUUUGAAUAUGAAGCAUGGCAAACUAGAUUUUUAUUUUUAUUUUGCACACCCUACUCCGGUCUCUUGUCUCAUACACAAUUCUGAGUCCUCAACUCUUAACAUUGCUUUCUUAAGAAACAAAAUUAUUUUUGUUUUUUUGUGAGGGUGAGUGGCCCUUCCUGCUCUGCUCUGAACUUACAUUUGCCAUUUGUACAGUGUGUACAUAAGCAGUAGCAACCUAAACUAUUCUUUUUCUUUAGUGAAUUUGUUAAAGCUGCUAUAAAUAUAAAACCUUCUCAGAAGUUGUAACUCUUUCUCUCUGUAAGUGAUACACAUUCUAAAGCCUUCUGUUUCUAUGGGUUAUACAUGGAAAUCCCUUAAAGCUUUUAUAAAAUAUAAAUAUUUUAAAUGAUUGGAACUGUAUAGGGUUGAGGCCUCUGAAAUUGGGUGGAGAGAAAGGGUUGUGGAGAUCUCUUAAUUUUUUUUUUUUUUUUUUUUUGCUAGUUUACUUGCUGCCUCUCAUACCUUAAUGUGAUGUUCAUAUAUAUAUUUUUAUAUAUAUGUGUGUAUAUAUAAACAUAUAUGUAUGUGUUUUGAAGUAUAGCUUCCUUUUCUUUAUAUUUAUUAGAAUAGCGCUUUAAUAAUUAUAGAAUCAUAUUGGCAACAUCUUUUAUAGAAAUAUAAUCAUGUUUAUUUUAAGAACUGACAACUUGUUUUUGCUAUCUUUUAGUGCAAUAAGCAGUUUUAAAAGAAAGCUGUGUCUGUUUGACAUCUCUACCACAGAUAGUGGGAGAAACAGGCACCUCCAUAAUUUUAAAAGGGCAAAGUAAUACAGCCUUAAUUUCAGAAGGAAAGUUUUGUAAUUUUCAAAUUUCAAGCAUGUCUUUUUAAAAAUCACAAUGAAAAUGAAGUUAAAUUUCCUAAAUGAGUCUGACCUGAAUAUUAGAAAUAAAGUUGAAAAACUUUAAGUAAUGACAGUAACUAGCUUAAGAUUUAGAAGAUAUUUAAAUUCUUUGAAAAUAGAUCAUGUUUAUUAAAGAAUCAUACUAGUGAGGUGUCCAUUUUCAUUUACUAAAAUGAAUCAGGAAAAUGUAAAAUGACAUUUAAAAAAAUUUUUUUUUGCUAAUUCAUCACCAGUGUAACUUUCCUUUUAAAAUUAGGGUAAUGGUGACAGAGGAAGUUAGGUCUUUGAUCAUUCUAUAUGAGUUAAAUAACUGAAAUGUUGGGAACAGUUUUGCAGAACUUUUGUUUUAUUGAUUUCACUUUAAGAUAUUAAUAAGUACUAUAAAGCUGUCAAACCGAGUUCAUCAGUAACCUUGGAUUCAGGGGAGCUUUGCACUUUGUAACUCAUGAAAAUCGCAUUUUAAUUUUUUUUUUUUUUGCACUGGUUCAGAGUAUAGAUAUUACAGAUUGUUUCCAGUGGGCAUUGUUGUUAACCUUUCAGAAUUCCAUCUGCACAUGAAAACAAAUGGAUUAGCUCUUUUAGUUUCUCUCUUACUUGUACCCACAUUUAUUGUCGAUUUACUGUAUUUUGAGCCUAAAAUCUGAGCCCAUGUCCUCUAACAGUUAGGAAGUCUUUUGUCCCUCUGCCAGAAAACUAACAAAGUACUGUAUUUUGUAUGUCUACUAUAUUGAAGUGUCUGAAAUGCAAUUUAAAACACUGUUUCCAAGCUCUUUACGUAAGGUAUUAUUUGUGUAAUAUAUACAUUUUUCUCCCAACCCUCCCCCCCAAAAAAAAUUCCUGUAAAGGAUGUGUUUUUUUUCAUUGAAGUUUCACUGAAUAUCAAAAAUUGUUGAAUUUUUUUUACAUUGAAAAUUCAUAGAACAUGGGCAAAAGAAGAAAAUAGUAUAUCCUAGAUGGUAAAAACUUGAUUGUAUAUGUUUCCUCAGUAUGAAUAACACAUCUUCCUUUAUCAGUGGGAAUUGCACAGAUUCACAUGGGAAACUUUAGGUCCCAAGAAAGAACUUUAGAUAACCUUUCCUGAUUUACUGCUUUACCUAAUUUUUAGUCACUUAAUCUCACAUGCGCUAAAAUAAAGCCCACAUUUUAAACCUAUUUGGAAGGGCUUUUACAGAGGAAAAAAAAAUUUUUUUUAAUAUAAAAUUUUACGUUGGAAGUGAGUUCUUUUUAGGGUGCUCUUAGAGUUUCAACACUGCUAGUUUAAAGUUGGUUAACUUGAAAGAAUAUGUAUAGUGUAUUUCUAUUUUGCUAGCUAACAAAUUGGUAUAUCGAACUUAAUUACAAGAAACUUUGUGCUUAGAAUUUUAAGGUAAAAGACUAUGUGGCAAAUAUGUUUUGAAAUUUGUUUUAAUUGUUACUACACUUCUGGUGUAGAAUUCCUGAUCAUUUUUAUUUAAAAAAAAAAAGUUUUGAGUUUAAUGGUCAUGAAAUUCAACAGUGACCUGUCUGUUCCUGCCUUUGCUCACUAUACAAUGAAUGUCUGUUGUUUUCUAUGAUAUAUGAGUGACACGGUGACUUUAAAAUGUCAGUCCCGGCAACUGGUAUAAUUGAUUUUCAUGUAAAGAAAAAUUGGGAGUUUAAUGUAUAUUCUGGAUGGCAAAUGUGUCCGUGUAAAGGGCUGAUACAUAUUUUACAUUACAGUAUCAAGUUACUGGCAUUGAGGACCAUGCAUUUAUAAUACUGUAGCUGCUAUAUUUAUUUAAUGAAGUGGAGUCUGACAGUUACUGCACUAAACAGUAAGGAGAUGAGCAGGAUUCAAGGCUGUGUUAGACCCUUCUUUCUUUCCUUUUCUUUUCUUUUCUUUUUUUUUUUUUCCCUAAAAAGAUUAAGAACAUAAAAUAUCAAGGUAACAAAGGGUGCUGCCAUUUUAGUUUCAAUUUAACAUCAGGAUACUCUUUUUUUGGUUUUAGAAAUGUGGAUUUUGACUUUAGCAGUUUUGAAAAGGGUACCUCAACCUCCUCAGUACUGGUUUUUGGCAUAUUUUUACGGAAGUACAGAUGCCCUUUAUUUUUUUCUUAGUAUUUUACCUUUUAACAAGUUUCUCAGAAAAAGUAUUCUUCUAUGGAAAUCUUCCUGUUUAUAACCUAUUAAUUUAUUUAUCUUCCUAGAAGAGAGUCUAGCUAGAAUUCUAGUGGGAAUGUACUAGGUUUUUCAGAAGGCACCUGAUAAAGAUUCAUCUCUACCUUCUAGCACAGAGACUCUAGCCUUCUAAAAACCUAUACUAGUUUUCCAAACUAGGUUCUCUGAUGACCCACCACUGCCUAAAGUUUACUUGUAUAUUCUGUAAGGAUUUUAGUAUGACAGACCUCAUGACAGGCUUAGUCACAGCAGACUUAAGGUAUGUCUAGGGAAAUAAAAGCUGAGCUGCCAUUCAGUAGAAACGGCUAGCAGAGGAUUUCAAUGUUUAAGGAAAAGGUGAACACUCAGAGUGCCAGUAAUAGAUCUGAAGUAAUUAGAUGGAUUAUAGACCAGGAAUUAGAGAUACUAUUCAAAGAGUUUGGUGGGUGUUUGAUUCAGAGGCCAACAUGAAUUUGCUGUGAGUGGUGGUUUUUAUGACGCCCAUGAAGCUAGCCACUUGGAUUCAGCCAGAAUAUUUUGUAGUCUUGCUAGUUGAAACUUGAUAGUAAUGUUUUGCCAAGAAGCUUAACUGAAAACUCAGUGAUUUUUAUUCAGUAUCAUUAGACUUGAGUUCAAUAUUUAUUUAACUCAUCCUCUUAGAUAUUCUCCUAUUGAAAACUUUUAAAGACACAUUAUCCCUAACAGGAACUUGCUGCCUAAAUAAUCUUUUAGGAGUUAUCAGUCAAGCUGCAAAAAGACAUCACUGGCCUGGCAACUUUAUUUUAUUUAUUUUUAUUGAAGUAUAGUUGAUUUACAGUAUUGUGUUUGGCCUGGCAUCUCUAUUUUGGCUUUUUUAUCCAUAUGAAUUUUAAUCCUUUUCAUUCUUUUUUGAGGAUUCAUGGUUGUCUCAAAGCUUCAAUAAUAAUAGUUGGGAGAGCUUACAUCAAGUGAGGCCUUUGUGAGUGACAGUAUAACCCUGACUCUAAAGUCUGUCUUUAUUUUCCUUUUUCUCUCCCAUUUGGUCAUAUAAAGCACUUUGUGAUUCUAUAGGGAGUCAAAAAAUAAGCCAAGAAUAAUGUGUAAAAUCAGAACAUAAAUGUGAAAGUGAGAAUUUUCUCCAAAAAACUCAUUUCUUUUUAAAUUCCUGAUUAUACUAAGAACACUCUUGAUCAGUGGCAAUGUUAGAAAUGAUAUUGUGAUUAAUGAAACUUAAGCUGACUCCCAGGAGAAAAAAAAUCUCAACCUCUCUUCCCCUCUCCCGACCCCCUUCUCCCUCUCUCCCUCUCUCUCCCUCUCUCUCCCUCUCUCCCUCUCUCUCUCUCUCUCUCUCUCCCUCCCUAUAUAUAUAUAUAUAGGGAUAUAUAUAUAUAUAUCUCAAAGGGGGAAAUACUUUUUACUCUUCCUGUUUUUAAAAAUGGUACAUUUCAGCUUAUAAUUUUCCAUGUUGGUCAGAAUAAUUUCUUUUAGCUAAAAUAUAAUGGUCAAGACUUGUGCUAAUAUUAUUGACUGCUAAUUGAAUUUUAUUUUUAUUUACCCAUCAAAGAUAGUGCUCUAGAUUUUUACAUUGCUGUAAGAAUCUAUUGCUCUUAAAGUUUGGAUGUUAAAGAUUUUUAUUUGAAUUAAAGAUCAUAGGUUAAUAAAUUUCAUAUGGAGGGCUUGAGAUUGACCAAUGAGAAGCCCUGUUUGAAGUUAUCAGGUCAAAAUUAAGAUUCUGUCAGACCAUCCAGCCAUUCAUUGGUCUCCCUUCCAUUUUGAAAUCAGUGUCUAAGGUAACCAAAAUUUACUCUUGUGUCUAUGUUAGGGUCUCAGUAAAGCAAAAAUGUUCUUCAGGGUAGAUGCUGGAUUAAAUUUUUAAAUCAUUUUUAAGAGCAAGGCGGUUCUUAGAAAGUGCCUUUUCAGAAGAUGGUGCUGUAGAUUUUUAUUUUUCAAAUAGCACAAGGCUAAACAUUUUAAAGAUGAAUUAUUUUAGGAACUCCAAGGGUGUGACCGUUUCAUAUAAAUAAUGUUAUUUGUUGUCCUGAAUCUGGUCCAAAGGAACCAAGUAAAGCUUUUAUUCAGCAAAGUAUCUAGGUAAAUGCUCACCAAAUGAAUUUUGUAAGUUUAAAAGCAAUUUUUAACAGAAUUAACCUUUUCAUUUCUCAUCUGUGUUGAAGGCAAUUUAUAAGGCACAUAAAACAGCAGAUCUUCUUAACUUUUUGACAAGAGUAUGGGUAUAGUAGCAAGUGCCCAAAGGCAAAGGUAACUUGCCAGAAAUUAUGUCAUAGGCUACCUUUUUCCCCCCCAGCAUAGAUUGACCCUUUUGUAAAUAUCUAUUGGCAACCUUUCCUGAUUAAUCUUUAUUAGAGAAGACUGUAUAUAAGGGUAGAGCCAAGUGACCAUGGGAAUCAGUCUAAAGGAAAAAGUAAAAUGAUUAUGUCUCUGUCUUUAGGGAAGUUUUCUUUUUCAGGUACCAAGAAAUAUUCUAAAUGAUUCUCUCUCUUUUCUAGCAUAGAUGAAAAACAAUGACAGUGCAUCUGUAUGAUCAGUUAAUUAGAAAUAGAACAUGUAAAAUUGGGCUUCGGGGGAAACAAGCAAAAGGAAGGAUAAUAACAGGAGCAUCAUGCUUGUUAGAAACCUGGUAAUCUACCAGAAAGCAAUUUUCCCUGAGCUAGGAAGUAGUAAACAGUAGUAAAUGAUCACCUAACCAGUUCUUACUUGUGAAUUUGGUGAGCAUUCUUCCAGAAAAGAAUAGACAUAAAAACAGACAAAAAAACAUUACACCUCAGUAACCUUGUAUGCUGCAUUAUGUAAUAAUGAUAGUAAAAUUAUAUUGAUUGUUUGGAGUGUACUAUGUCUGUCUGCAAAUAUACAUGCACAUUAAACUUUUUCAUUUUUUUUGUAAUGUCUUAAUAGCAAUUAUGAGUUUAUUUUUUAAUAUUAAUUUUCUAUUGUGAUGUUUGUAUUUAUUGGCAAUUUGUGUGCAACUUUUAUAUUUUGCUUAGAUUAAGGUAUUUUUUUAAUAGAUAUUUCCAGCUUUUCCUCUUUCUUUGUUAUAUUAGCAGAGGUUAAGAUGGACUGUUAAUAUACCAACCAAACUACUAUUUCCAUAAAGUCUAGAGUUUGGAUUUUUACCGAUAAACCAGUAACACUAUUUUGUAACUUAGAAUACUUAAUGUUGUUUAUAUAGUGGGCAUUAAAGACAGUCUUUAGACAAAUUUCUAAAUGUGGAGGGGAGGUGGGUCUUUUCUGUAAGUUAGAUUUCUUUCCCUUAAGUAGCAAACUAACAUUAACGAAUUGGAUUUAUUUUACCUGAUCUGUAGUUUGGGGGCAACUUUUCAAAUAAAUGAUUGUUAUUUCUUUUUCUAACUUCAACUACAUUGAAACUGCUUAAAUGGUUACAUCAUCCAGCAUUAGGAUUAUGAUACCAUUUUUAUAGGCCUGGAAAACAAAUAGCAAAUGAUCAAGAAGUCAGUGAUCAUUGACUCUGAAAUGGAGUCUCCCUUCCCCUACCAUAAUUAUAUUAUAUGGAAGAUUUGCUACCCUGAUCUUUUCCCUAGCAUACUUCUAAAGAUGAGUCAACCCUGAGCAUCAGCGAAGGAACAGAAUUUAAGUGGCUAGGUAGAACCAGAGAUAAAGACUGAUUAAUACAGUAUUUCAGUUAAUUAAAAUUUUAACUAAUAAUAUGAGUGUGAAUUAAUUGGAAGGAAGUGAAAAGUAUGAUUAUAGAAUAUUAAUUUCAAGCAUUUAUGGUCACUCCAGUUUCCUAGUGAAUAGACCAAGAUUAUUUGUAUUGACAUUAAUCUUUUAUAAAAAUACAUUUGAAAUGAAUUCUUUUAAACAGGUAAAAUAUUUCCAUUGUGUUUUUACAUGGUGAAUUUGCUUGAUAAGCCAUUUUUUCAGUGAGACAUUGAAAGAUAAAUUUUAUCCCAUUCUCUGAGUUUUAAAUUCUAAAUUAUCACGUUUCAAUGUAUGACAUUUUGUGGUACUAUAUUCUAUUCUUCCACUGAGAGGGGAUAAAUGAGAAAAUUUUAAGUAAUUGGGAAAAUGUUUUCAUAUUACAUGAAAUUUUACAGUUUAAAAUGAAUCCACAUAUGAUUUCAUAUAGACAUUAGCCAUUUGUGUAUAAUAUACUAUUCUGAGCUACUUCCUUCACCCCUGUGUCAAGUAUUAAUGGAAGGUUGGUACUCUGAGGAUAGGAAUUUGUUGCUACUAAAAAACUUUGGAGCAGUCAGAUAUAUUUUUGUUGCAAAUACAUGUCCUCCUCUUAAGGAUGUUUAUUGUGGUUAUAACGUUAAUAGUUUUAUUCAUUAUGUUUCAACGUUGUCCUUGGUUGAUAAGCAUAUAAUUCUUGUAGAACAGUAUUUUUAAGGCAGCUUUGAGUAGAAAUCAUCCUUCACUUUCUUUUUUUCCUUCUGAAAGAUCAUAGGAAUCUGACACCUAGAGCUUAUUUUGCUCUUUUAACUGGUUGGCUUCAUAAAUCAGAGUCCCUGGCAUCAGCAGUGAAUUACCACAGUGAAGUACUUGGUGACUUGUUCAAGUUUACUGUCCCCCUCCUAAGAAAAAAAAGUAUUUCUGCAGUAAGUAAUAAUACAUCCCAAAAAAGAACAUCAUGAAUAGUCUUAUGUGAGUCGAAAACAGAUGGGAGAACUGGUCAUUAGAACUUUGCUUUGGGUGUUUUAUUAUUUCUAAAAACUGUGUGCACCUCUAUAAUUUUAUGUUUAGGAGGCUGUGCCAGAGACUAGAGAGGGAGAUUAGUCUGGUUUAAUGCCUAAAACUUUCCAUCCUUAUUUAUUUCAUGGCUUUAGUUGGAAGGGCAGACAUACAAAAAUCCCUUAAUUUGGCCCUUUAAUAAUAAUUUUAGAACCAAAGGAGGACAGAUUCUUUGUACAAAAGUGUUACAGGUGUGACAGGAGGUCUCUGUGAAGAAAUGGAGUAGAGGAAUUGUGAGAGUAUGUAGUGAGGGGAGAAAUGAGGAAAAAGAAAGGGUUUAUUUCCUGGAAUCCUUGGAUAGAAACCUUACAGCUGUUUAACAUUUGUCCAGUUCCCACAGUUGCAUUGUAAAAGAGGGGCUGUUGCUGUUUGAACCUACAAGAGAAACCUAAGAAGAGUGCUUCUCCAACGUAAAUUUAUUUUAUGUUGUUCUCCCAGACCUAAAGUUGCAUCUGUUUUCAUUAAAUUAGAGAAGUUGUGUCUGAAUUAUAAUAAACAAAAUUAAAUGAAGUAUUUAUUCUUAAAUAGAGCCAUGGCAUUACUAUCAACAUGGCUUCUCCAGCUUUUCCCUUUAUAUAGAAAACACCGAACAGGGCCUUUCUAGACAAGGUAUUCUUUCCUAUAAAGAAAAUGUUUUUGGUGAAAGAUUUGGGGAAAACACUGGUAGGUUGUAACAAGGGGGGCAUUUUGCCUAACACACACAGUCCAAUCAGUAAUGGAUACAAUUUGGUCCCAGGGAGUUUGACAAGAGGAAGGUUUGGUUUUGGUAGCAACAGACUUGGAUCUCUGAUGAUAAAUAGCUCCCUGUUUUACAGAAAGGGAAUGGCCUCAUAGUAUUGAUGAUCCUGCAAUGUGCAUGUGCUGUUUUUCUAAUUCAAAAAUCAGGAAUGGGGGGAGGGUAUAGCUCAAGUGGUAGAGCACAUGCUUAGCAUGCAUGAGGUCCUGAGUUCCCCAGUACCUCCUCUAAAUAUAAAUGAAUAAAUAAACCUUAAUACCUCCCCCUCAAAAAAAAAAAAAUAGAAAAGGGAAGGAAAGGAAAUCAGGAAUAGCAAGCACAAAAUCUUCUAAUGCUUUGUCCCUAUAAGAUUCAUUAAAAGUUUUCCAGGAGUUUCUCAUUUCUUAGCCCAAGGCACAACCCUUUUCUCCUCUUUAAAAAACAAAAAGGAUUUAGAGGCAGCUUCUGUAGAAUUCUACUGUGAGUAAAUAAUAGUCUUUAAAAGACUUGAGAAAGGAAGAUCACAUGCCGCAAGUUAUAGCGUGAUUGAGAGACUCUUUGAGCACUGUUUUCAUGUUCAUGUCAGUUUUUCCUUCAAUAUAUAUCAUUCUUUGAUUUACUUGAGUAACGUCAUUCUGUUUUGGGAUAUAAUCAGUGUUGUAUGCCAUUUAUGAAUUGUGCAGUUCUCUCUCCACCCCCAUACACACACACACACUGUUAAAAAUAAAAAGAGGAGAGAUUUUUAAGAGGGAGAGAAUGAGAAUCAUUAGGAUGUAACUUCAGUUAAUACAGAUGGAAAGAAAUCCUAACUCAGUUAAAUGACAAUUAAGAUUGAAAGUGUUGAUGCUGCAGGUAUUGUCUCUAGCCAUAGAAUUUUUUGCUAGCUAUAGAGUGAUAAUGUGAAUAGAAUAUGUAUCUGAAAUAGGAUGUUAUAACAAAGUGACAAAAGAAAAUUAUUCUUGAAAGUAAUAUUUCAGUCUUCCGCAACAGAGAUUUCCCAUAUUAUGGAAAAUUAAUAUGGCUUUUGGUUAUGAUGAAUCAGACUGAUUUAAAAUUCAAAAGAUUUGUGACUUUUAUUCUGACAUAUAUAAAUAUUCUAUCAAAUGAAUACUUAGACUAUUAUUUCCUCUUAAUUGAUUUUGUCAGACCUCAGUUCUGUAGAUCUCUCUCUCACAUAUGUACUUCUUGGUGUGUGCAAAAUUCUAUAUAAAAAAUUUUUUUUAGCUCAGCCUAUUUCCUUGUCAAACCUGACCUGUAAAGGAGAAGGCAUAAAUAGGUUUCAAAUGCAGGAACUUUUAGAAGAUCACAACUGGAAAAAAACGGUUGAGAACUUGUUGCCUUUGAGAGUAGGAAGGGCUCUAACACUUGAGCUGAGAUUUUCAGUUAGAGCUCUACCACUGAUUUGAUCUGUGUCCUUAGGGCCAUUUUCUUAGUUUCUGUGUGCCUACAUGCUCUGUGUGAAAUGGUGGCGAUGACACCUGCCCUCACCUACCUCACAAAGUAGUAAGAGUAGAAUAAUGUUUAUGACAGUGCUUGAGUUCUCCAAAAGAAAAGCUAUUCAGAAGUUCAAGAUUAAAAAAUGUUGUAUGAAGAGUUCGUUUCCAGUUUGCCUCUAUGAGAGUGUCUUUAAUUACCGUACAUCAUUUUAUCAAGCAGGUAUAGGAGAAACUGAGGCUUUAUCAUGGUAUGGUGUUCACAUACAAAUGUAUCCUGUUCUGUCCCCCCCCCCCCCAGCACACAGGCUGAAUUUUUCUUUAUAGGAAAACUUUGGGAAAAGUGUAACUUCAACAACCAAACUCCUUUUAGUGGUGCUAUGGCAGCUGUGAUUGUAUUUUGAGUUAGAUUAAUGUGGUGAAAUCAUCAGAUAAUCAGAAAUUAACUUUGCCUUUUGCCUUCAGGCAUUUUUACUACAUUACUGGCAUCAGAGGCUGUUGUACAACCAGAUAGUUAUCCCUUUGUGUCUUGCAGGUUUUUGGUACCUUUCUUUGGAGUAGGGGGUUAGGUCUUAAGAAGGAAAAUGUGCUUAUUUCAGUUAUCACUUUGCAGAGUUGAACCUUGCUUUCCAAUCACCAUGUUCCUCUAAAUGUUAAAAUACAGCAAAAGUUUUUUUCCUUCAUUUCAGUUCAGUGCUGAGCACCUGCAGGUGAUAUCAGGCAGCCCGUUGGUGUCUGACCCAGUUAUCUUUUUGGAUCAUGGGCAGAACCUUACAUUUCUACAGGCUUACCCAUUUCCCUGGGGGGAAGGGAUUCCUGUUUCUAGGAAAAAAACAAAGGGCACAGCACCACAGGUUGUGUGAGCAGUUCCUUGUUGAAACAAACAAGUUUGGUUUUUUGGGUUUUGUUUUUUAAGAAAAAAAAAAAAGGAUGCAUUUUAGGUACACAGGGUAUGAAUGCAUUCAACAUUUAUUUUUCUCUCUAGAUGCUGACCUCCCCUUGUUGCAGGCAGUCGGGCUUUUCUAGCUCAUCACUAACAUGGGUGGAAUCUGUGUGAGUUUUUAUAGGAUAAUGAAAAUUACAAGUACUAAAAGUUGGGGAGAUUCAUGCUUGGAAAAUGAACAAAAAAAUCUACCUUGCUGGGUGAGAUAGCUAAGAAUAAUGGGUAUAUCAGGAAUACUUUUAAACAAUUUUUGCUGUAAUGUGUAGCUUUAAUAUCUGUCUUCAGUUAUAGACCCAUAAAAGUAUUACUGUAUCUUGUGAAUAAAGAUCAUUCUUGUGGACUAGUGUAUGGAUGCAUUCAUAGGCUGAGGGAAGCAGUGGGGUGUGUGUGUGUGUGUGUGCACACGAGUGUGUAAAUAUCCUAUGUUUAUAACACUGUGUAUUACAUAAGUUUAUAUAGAAAAAAAUACUGUGUUCCUUUAGUGUUUGGGGGACUAAAAUUGUGAUAUAACCAUUCCAGUGUAAUCUGACCACUCAUUCUAGAGAACACUUAUAUUACACACAAAUGCACACCCCUAAAGCGUUGCUAACUGCUCCCACUUUAGAUAAUUGCUGCUUUUUUUUUAAACCCGAAGUAAUGGAGGAGGAAACAGCACUCUUUUUAAAGGGGCUUUUUUGAAAAGUAAAAUGUAAAUAUAGGACACGUGGGGAGGGUGGGGCCACCUGCAAAUGUCCUGCAGAUGGACAAAUAGCCUUUUAAAUUUUACUUUUUAACCAUCUUAACCGUGUGUGCCUAUUUGUAUUGCAGAUGUGAACUAUUUUUGGGAGUUGAUCUCAGUAUGUUUUGAAACUGAAUUAUUACAUAAAAUCAGAGUAACCUCUUUCUCCAUCCUCCUUUUCCACACUGACUAUUCUUGCCAAAUAUUUCUACUGAUACCAAGUUUCAGCAUGGUAAAAUGACAGACUUUCAAACCUCCUUCCUCAUCUUCCCUAUCCUGUCUUAUGCCUGGCCUGGCCUUAUAUUUUUUGUUAGCUUUUCAUAAGUAAGAACAAUUUACUGUAGUAAUUUAGAGACUGCAGAGUUUCAAAAUGUUUCUCCAUAAGCCUUCCUUUGUUAAUGUUUGGUUACACAGUAGCAUCAGUUAAAACAAUGGAGUGAGUGUGAGUUUGUAAUAUGCUGUAAGAUAAAAUCUUGAAUGAUACUAAACUGACUGCCACACUUUAUUAAGAGGAAAUUGGAUUAUAUGGUGGGUGGGAGCAAGUCUAUGAUAUAUAUGUAAUCACUGUAUAAUUAGAAACACCAAAUGCUGAAUCCUAUCACUGUGUACUUGGGGGCCAGGCUUUGAAUAUGGUGGUUAUUUUAAUUCCUUGAGAAUAAAUGUAAUUAAGACGAGCAGAAGGCAAAUAAAGUUUUUAAACAAAAGUGCUUUUUUUUUUUGGUAUUUAAAUUAUCUUCCCAAAAAAGAUUACUACAAAAAACUUAGGGUUGAAAUUGAGAAGCUUGAAGAAGCCGCUUUUUAAGCAGUUCAGUCACUUACACUAUUUUAUGUUGAAGAAAUUGUUAUAAUUCUUUCUGAGCCAAACUGUCACUGAAAUGUCCUGUGACAGAACCACUCCUCUUUUUUCUGCCAUUCUGUGUAUCGGAAGGGUUCUAUGUUGUAUUUGUUUUUAAUCCUUGAUUUUAAAAAAUUAAUGGUUUUAGUGUUGCUUAGCUUCAGUUUGAAGUGUAACUUUCACUAAUAACUGCAAUAAAAAGAAAAGCUUUGCUCUAAA